AUGUCAUCUUCUUUGGCUCGAUUCUACUUGACGCUUGCAUUCCAAAUCGUCUGGAGGCUCGUCGUGAGGGUAUUUCACGGCUUCAGGGGGCGCUUCCGACCAAUUCUACGAGCCGUUGGUCUCGGCAUCGUCGCAUUCAUCGGCAAAGACAAGCCGGAGCCCCCAAAGGUUCUCAUAAGCCAGUCUAGGGCUGCUGCUGUAUCUCGAUGCGCUAUACAUAUACUACCGACGGCCGUCUCCCUUUUCCUGAUUUCCUUCAACCUACAAGGAUACUUCAUCGGUUCAGAGCUGCAGGGAAAUAAGGAUCAGGAUGAUGUCAAAUCUGGCGUUUUACAGCUUGCUGCCAAGAUUCAGGAACUUCUCAUCGUAUCAAGUCUUGGGACUAUCAUCUUCCAUGUUCUACGUGAGGAGUUGGUUUUUGGCGAUGGUUUGCCACUUGGGCUUGUUAUUUCGGGUUGGCAAUUCACACAGCUAAGUUAUUUCUGGUCAGCCGAUUUCUGGGGAGCGAUAUUUUGCCCUAGCUCCGAACCUCGAAGCUACAUCAAGCGUCUUGCUCUCCUGGCACUCAUUGGGAUUUCCGGCCUGAUUGCUGUCAUGGCGGGCCCAGCUGCUGCGGUCCUUAUGCUACCUGCUCAACGGGACUUCGACAUAGGCGGUGGUGUUUACUGGGCGAAUGGCGGUGACGCAGAACUCUGGCCGAAAGUUCUCGACGCAGAGUACUACUCGAGUUGGAACUGCUCGUCCUUGCAAAACCAGCUCGAACAGCACCAAUGCCCGGCUGCUGGAUUCUCGACUCUUCACAGCCAUUAUCUCGCCAACGCCGCGCGCCCAAGGACACAUGUCGACUAUCAAAUCACAACCGGGCUUGUCAGCAAAAGCAUAUACGUCCAACCAUCCGCAGCUUAUAUGUCUGACACGUGGGCGUUUACGGCUCACGGCCCAUCAGCCCGUGUCCACGAUCUGAUGCGGUUUCUGCACCUGAGGUCUCUUGACUACCUGGAUCGCCGCCAGGCGCGAACUCCCCUCGGUCUCACAAAUCUUAAAUUCUCUUCGAAGCAGAGAUACACUCUCGAGACCCAGAUACCCGCAGCUAGAACUGUGUGUGUAUCGAAUGGUGUGGUCGAUUAUGGAGUCCCUAGGAACCUUACGUUACCGUUCUUGGAUCUAUCAGUCUCCGAUCGCGCCAGGAGGCCUGACAAUGACAGCGGUCUAUGGAAACAUCCAGGCAUGGACGAUGGUUACCAUUAUCUUGACGUGUUCCAAGACGUGCGAGAAUAUCUAUCCAAGAGGGGCAUGAUGGAAGCCAACGCUACCUUGGUAAACGGAACCAGCAUCUUUCAUCUACGCAAACGUAUCAUUGCUGUUCCUAUCGAUAUAUGGAAAGGUGAAGCAGCGAGCUCCCUCGGACUGGUCAUAUUUGUAAAAGCAGAGGGCGUGAACUUUCUAGCUGGAACAACCAACCUCCUUACCUGCUCCAUCGACGCACGCUGGGUAAAGGCCAAAACGUUUAUCGAGAUGUCGCCGUCGAGUGGCGUGAUCGAGCACGACUUCAAUAACGGGAGAGUCUAUAGCAACAUCGAAGUCGAGCUAGACACAAGACUGAAUAGGCCUUUGUGGCGUGUACCACUAAAGGCCCCUUCGGCCAACUCAACUCGGGAAGGUAUAAUCCGCCUGAAGCCUAGCUGGUACGAGUCGCUCCAUCCACCAGUUUACGAUACUCCCAACGGACUUGCUGGAAACAUCUCAGAAGGUCGAUAUAGGACCACCCUAGAGAGAAUUCUGGACUUAAGCUUUCACAACGAUGUGAUGGAUCCGGUCUCCAUUCAGGAGAGGAUCGUCACAACCAUCGUGGAAGCCCUAUCGAGAUGCGGCAGUAUUCCUAACAGCGAUUCAAGCAGGUUCCUGGAACCUUUGCAAAGGUGGCGUGUCGGAGAUACUCUCAGCCCUCCGGAUGAAACCGCUGCGAGAGCUCUAGUGAAGAGAGGAAAGCCUGCAGAGAAUUUUCUUCUUCCCAAAUCUGUGGCAGGUUCGAACGAGUUCGGCUCAGAACGAAUGAUUGUAGAGGCUCACUACGGAGGGUAUGCCAUGAUGACGUCUGGCUGGUUUGGGUACUUUUGCAUUUUCAUUCUCAUGGCCCAUGCGGUUAUGGCGAUAGCCCAUCUACUCGUCUGUAUUUACUCGCGACGGACGGGACACGCCUGGAGCAGCAUUCUCGAAUUCAUCGCCUUGUCGUACAAGUCGAACCCUCCGCCGGAGCACAUUCUCAGCAAUACUUGCGCUGGUGUCACAUCCUUCAAGACAGUCGGGUCAAUAGCAUGGGUGGAAGAGACACAAGAGAUCGGAGGACUGAAGAAAGUUAGCGGCGAGGGUCUUUCUCUGAUAAUCACAGACCGUCAUGAGAGGAGGCCUGAUGGACUCAGGCCGACCAAAGGCAGUAGAUAUAGCGAGUGA